UACAAACAAUAUAAAAACACAUUAUUUAAUGUGCAAUUUGCUUAGAAGUGGUUGCUCAAUCGGCCCUGUCUUCGAUUUCUUGGAAUUAUUUUGCUUGUGUUAGAGUCUCGAGAGAAACGUGCUCUUUCUUAAUUAUCAGUUUACCAAGAGCCUUGGAGCUGAGAAGAUCAAAGUGUAUUCAGAAAGAAAAAAAUGAGUGAUGACAAAGAUGUUUUGUUGGAGGAAGCCUGUUACAGGAUCACUGUUACCGACCAAGAAAAUGAUGAUGAACAACCCCAAGCAAUUCAUAACGACUCCAAUCUAGAAAUAAUUACUGAAGAUGAAUCACAUCCAUAUAAAUUUCUGCAAAAUUGCAGUUCUGCUGCAUUGUGGAUUUGCGUUCUUUAUAACUUUUCCAUGAUUUCGUUAAUAGUGUUAGUAUGCAUUUACAAACGCUGGAAUUAAAAAUGUUAACAAGAAAAAUGAUUUUUUAAAAGGGUAACAAAUAAAAAAUAUACUUAUA